CACUCUGUAAACACAUAAACUCCUCUUAAACUGCUUCCUGCCGCUGUUCUCCUGUAGGGGGCGCAGUAGUCUGGCGGUAAAUGUCUUCAAACGCGCUGUCACACUUUAGAUACACGUGUGAAGUGAGAUUAUUGAGCCGAUUUUCGCCUUUGUUUGGCGUUGUGUUAUCGGCCGAUUUCUGCUCAGGCACAUGUUUGGGCGACCACGUGACGGAAGGACCCGCGCAGGAAACAGCACAAACAAACACAGGACAAAGUUUGCACUAAAAGAAAAUGCCCAAAAAGCUGUUUAACCCUUUGUGGCUCCACUUCACCGAGCCGAUCCCGGGCCGAGGGAAGUGCGCCCACUGCGAGCAGACGGUCAGCAUGGGCGCCACCGCGGGCAGGAACAAAAACACCACCAAUCUAUGGAAGCAUUUGGAAAACCACCAUUCCGAAGUCUUCCGGGAGGCCAAGAGGAGCAAGGAGGAGCUGAGCCGAGCCGCCGACGCAUCUACGACCCAGAACAUUAUCGCUCAGAUCGUCCCCAAAGAACCGCGGUCCGAUAAAUGGAAAGACACGGAGCUGAAAUCCAAGAAAAUCGAUAAACUGAUUGCGGAAAUGUGCGCGACCGACGAGCAGCCGUUCACUGUAGUGUCCGGGAGAGGGUUUAAACGUCUGAUCGCCGCUUUAGAACCAAAAUACACCGUGAAGAGUGAACGAUUUUACCGCUCUGAUCUGUUGGAGAACCUGUAUAAGAAAGUCCAAAGCUGCAUCCGGACGCUCAUCUCACCGAAAGGAACGAAGGAGCCGUUUUUGUCGUUCACCGCUGACAGCUCGCCCGGAGGAGCGGAGACCAUGAUGAGUUUAACCUGCCACUUUAUCGACGACAAAUGGGAGCGACGGCAGCUGGUUCUGCACGUUAAAGCCAUGACGGACGCUAGCACGGUCAGCUACAUCCACCAGUUUUUCCUCCCGCUGCUGAAGUACUGGAGCAUCAACCAGACGAGGGUGUUUCUGGUGCUUCGAGACUGCGGCGCCGAUGUUUCCGAGGAGCAAAGACUGGUGGAGGUGCCGGGGUUGAGCUGCGCGGCGCAUUCGCUCCAAAACGUGAUCGUAGAAGGAAUCAACAGCCAGCAAGACGUCAAAGAUGUCAUCGCCAAAAUCAGAGCGUGCGCCAGGCAUUUUCAGCAUUCGAUACUAGCGAAACAGCGGCUAAAAGUGAUCCAAGUAGAGCUCAACGUUCCUCAGAACGUCAUGGUCCUGGACGAUGCGUCGCGAUGGAUUUCGACGCUCCAAAUGUUGAGGCGUACGCAAGAGCAAAAGAGGUCGCUCACGAGUUACGCUCAGAAGUACGGACAUUUUGCUCCGCCGACGAACGAGGAGUGGGAGCUGAUAAAAAGUAUUGUUGAAACGCUGUCGCCGUUUGAGGAAGUGUCCAGAGACAUUUGCACCAGCGCGUCGUCUCUGUCCUGCGUCAUCCCGAGUGUCUCUGUCCUCAAAAUGAUCCUGCAGGCGGAGUGUGCGGCCAGUAGGGGCACCGCGACUCUGCGCCAGACCAUGCUGCGCGGUUUGGAGCGCAGGUUCGCCAAACUGGAGGAGAGGAAGAUUCUGGUUCUGGCAACGCUCCUCGACCCGCGAUACAAAUGCAACGUUCUGUCUGGAGACGCGCUCAACAACGCCCCCAAGUGGCUGAGCGAGGAGCACGCAGCGUGUUUGGCCCUGAAGGAGGAAGAGGAGGAGGGAGGAGGAGGAGGAGGAGGAGGAGGGGAGGAGGCGGGGAGUAAACAGGUGUGUAAACAGGAGGAGGACGAGGUCAGACCGGGUGGAGCUGGUCUGGUGGAGCAGAUCUUUGCCAGUCUCUUGGGUCAAGCUCCUCAAGAACACAGGAGCCCAGAGCUGUCAGGACAACUGGAGCAGUACCUCAACGAGCCGCUCAUAGACCGGAAGUUCGGCGACCCUCUGGGCUGGUGGCGCGCUAACACUCUGAGGUUUGACCUUUUGGCCCCUCUGGCUCGCCGUCUGCUGUCGGCUCCUCCGGCGUCCGUCCCGGGACAGAGGAGCGUCGACGCCAGAGAGGAGACGCGAGACGGGGACGAGAACGCAGAAAAACUGUACUUCCUCAAACACAACCUGCCGCUCAUCAGAUGGGAAUACUGAACUUUAAGACAGAUGUGCCAGAUGCCCUCCCAUGAGCCUCCUGUGUCCCUGUCUGUCAGAUGCCCUCCCAUGAGCCUCCUG